AUGGACCCUGGGAAUCAUUCCAUGCUGACUGAGUUCAUCCUGGCUGGGCUAACAGAACAGCCAGAACUCCAGCUGCCCCUCUUCUUUCUUUUCCUUGGGAUCUAUGUGGUUUCAGCAGUGGGGAACCUGGGCAUGAUCAUACUGAUUGGGCUCAGUUCUCACCUGCACACCCCCAUGUACUAUUUCCUCAGCAGCCUGUCCUUCAUCGAUUUCUGCCAGUCCACUAUCAUUAUCCCCAAAAUGCUGGUGAACUUUGUGGCAGAGAAGAACAUCAUCUCCUACCCUGAAUGCAUGACUCAGCUCUAUUUCUUUGUUAUUUUGGCUAUUGCGGAAUGUCACAUGUUAGCUGCAAUGGCCUAUGACCGCUAUGUUGCCAUCUGCAAACCCUUGCUUUAUAAUGUCAUCAUGACGCCUCAGAUCUGCUUCUGGCUCUCUGCGGGAGUUUACAUUUGGAGCAUCAUUGGCUCUACAAUCCAUACAGGAUUAAUUUUGAGACUCUAUUUCUGCAAGGUGAAUGUGGUUAAUCAUUAUUUCUGUGAUCUCCUUCCACUCUUUGGGAUCUCCUGCUCCAGCAUCUAUAUCAAUGAACUGUUGCUUCUGGUCUUGAGUGCAUUUAAUAUUAUGUUCCCUUCCUUAACCAUUCUUGCCUCCUACAUCUUUAUCAUUUCCAGCAUCCUCCGCAUCCGCUCCACUGAGGGCAGGUCCAAAGCUUUCAGCACCUGCAGCUCCCACAUCUUAGGUGUUGCUAUAUUCUUUGGUUCCUUAAUAUUCAUGUAUCUUCAGCCAUCAUCUGUGAACUCUAAUGGCCAGGGGAAAGUGUCCUCUGUUUUAUACACCAUCAUUGUGCCUAUGCUGAACCCCCUCAUUUACAGCCUGAGAAAUAAGGAUGUCAUAAUUGCCCUGAAGAAAAUUCUGCAAUUUAGAAAAUGUUCAUGA